AUGAGAAAGAAAACUGGCCAGAAGAAGCUAGGGAGUGAAAAUGAAUGGUACUCAGAAAAUGAAGAUUAUGAAGAGAACUAUGAGGAUGAAGGGGAUUACGAAUCUGAGGUAGAAGAGAUGGAUUAUGAAAAGACUGAUAGUAUAGAGGAACAAUGGAAUACGUGGGAGGUGGAUGAGAGUGAAGUAGUGGAUAUGAAUCGGUGGAAACAAGGGUAUGAACAAUUAUUACAUGAUUUCGAAGUAGAAUUAGGCCGUAGAUUGUUAUGGAAAGGCCAUUGUGAUAUUGCCCAACAGUGGUGGGAAUAUGAGAAUGGAAAAGGAGCUGAAAUGUCACUUUCCCAGGAUGAACCCAAAAAAAAUGUUCCUUGGCCCCUUACAUCCAAAGAAGUUAUAGAAGCCUCAAAGGAAGAAAAUGACCCCAAGUAUGAGGUUGAUGAAGGAUCAUCCGAUAGUAAUUAUUAUUCUUCUUCACAAUGGGAAACGUCAGAUAAUGAUGAGUCCCAAAUAGAAGUUGUAAUAAACAGUGGAUUGACAAGUCUAACCACCCCGGAGGAAGAAACCUUGACUGAAGAGUAA